CCGGGUCACAAUUCUGUAGACAAACACCAUCUAUAUCAGCUGUCUAAGCGGCUUGCGCACUGCUUAACUCUCCAAUGCGGCACCUCUCAGGUUCAGGCUGAUUAACCCUGGCAUGAAUAAUGACACGACUAACAAUAAGUUACCUGUAGUGGGGUUUUAAACGCCUACAAUUUUGCGCUAAUAAGACUGCAGCUUUUAUGACCCGGAUUUUGAAAUGUGGUAACAAACUGGCAGAGAGAGAAAUGAGAAGAAGACGAGGAGGGGUGGGGGUUCUCGUGAUCUCGCUGGAGGAGAGAAAAAAAACGUCCGCUCGAGCAAUACAAACUCAACUAUCACAGCCAAGGACCACGCGGCACAGAAGACGGAGCAUGGCACGAGAUAUGUCUCGCAGAUUCAGGUGUGUUUGGAUAUGCUCGGGACGCUGUGUUCCCAAAUCAUGGUCACUGGGUUAAACGUGGAUAUACUGAGAGACAGCCAACGUUCCUGCUCAACUGCCAGGAGCAGAUAGUAUGCCCGCGUAGCUGGCGCCGCUCACGUGAUGCGGGAUAUGGCAAGCGUAAAGAUGGCUUUCCUCAUGCUCCUGUGUCUCCCGACACUAUUCUUUGAUGUACUCGUGCUGUCCCACAAAAGCAGCAUCUUUGAGCGAUCGGCGGUCCCGCGGGCCACUCCCCGCUCCGUGGCCCGGAUGGAUGGAGACGUGAUAAUCGGGGCCCUCUUCUCCGUCCACCACCAGCCGUCCGCCGAAAAAGUGGCCGACCGGAAGUGCGGGGAUGUCCGUGAGCAGUAUGGCAUCCAGCGGGUGGAGGCCAUGUUCCACACCCUGGACAGGAUCAACGCCGACCCUUUCCUGCUCCCCAACAUCAGCCUGGGCUGUGAGAUCCGGGACUCCUGCUGGCACUCCUCUGUGGCCCUGGAGCAGAGCAUCGAGUUCAUCCGGGAUUCCCUCAUCUCCAUCCGGGACGACAAGGACGGCUCCAAGUGGUGCAUCGACGGGACGCCAUCUAACCAGCCCCCGCCCUCCAAGAAGCCCAUUGCUGGGGUGAUCGGGCCGGGCUCAAGCUCCGUGGCUAUCCAGGUGCAGAACCUGCUGCAGCUCUUCAACAUCCCCCAGAUUGCUUAUUCCGCGACCAGUAUCGACCUGAGUGACAAGACGCUCUUUAAGUACUUCCUGCGGGUCGUGCCCUCUGACACGCUCCAGGCCAGGGCCAUGCUGGACAUAGUCAAGCGCUACAACUGGACCUAUGUGUCUGCAGUGCACACAGAGGGAAACUACGGGGAGAGUGGCAUGGAGGCCUUCAAGGAGCUGGCCUCCCAGGAGGGUCUGUGCAUCGCCCACUCUGACAAGAUCUACAGCAACGCCGGGGAGAAACACUUUGACCGCCUGCUUAAGAAACUCCGUGAACGUCUGCCCAAGGCCCGCGUGGUGGUGUGUUUUUGCGAGGGCAUGACCGUGCGCGGCCUCCUCAUGGCCAUGAGACGUCUGGGUGUGGCUGGAGGAGAGUUCCUCCUCAUUGGCAGUGAUGGAUGGGCAGAUCGAGAUGAGGUGGUGGAGGGGUACGAACAGGAAGCAGAAGGUGGGAUCACCAUGAAGCUGCAGUCAGAGGAAGUAAAGUCAUUUGAUGACUACUUCCUGAAGCUGCGUUUGGACACCAACACACGGAACCCGUGGUUCCCAGAGUUCUGGCAGUACCGCUUCCAGUGCCGGCUGCCCGGACAUCAACAGGAGAUUAAGAAAUACAAGAAAGUCUGCUCCGGUGAUCUAGGCAAUGAGAGUCUUCAUGAGAACUACGUCCAGGACAGUAAGAUGGGCUUCGUCAUCAAUGCUAUCUAUGCCAUGGCCCACGGCCUCCAUGACAUGCACAGUGAGCUGUGCCCUGGCCAGCCAGGCCUGUGUGAGGCCAUGGACCCCAUUGACGGCAGCAAGCUGCUGGAGUACCUGCUCAAGACCACCUUCAGAGGGGUGUCAGGGGAGGAUGUGUACUUCGACGAGAACGGGGACACUCCUGGCAGGUAUGACAUCAUGAACCUGCAGAGUGUGGGUGACGGUAGCUAUGACUACCAGCAGGUGGGCUCGUGGCACGAGGGCAUCCUGAACAUCGAUGACUGGAAGCUGUGGAUGAACAACAGCGACAUGGUCCGUUCCGUCUGCAGUGAGCCCUGCUCCAGGGGACAGAUCAAGGUGAUCAGGAAGGGUGAAGUGAGCUGCUGCUGGAUCUGCACCACCUGUAAGGACAAUGAGAUCCUCCGGGAUGAGUUCACCUGUCAGGCCUGUGACCUGGGCUGGUGGCCCGAUGAUGAUCUGGAAGGUUGUGUGCCCCUACCGCUGAAGUACCUGGACUGGUCAGAUGUGGAGUCCAUCGUGGCGGUGUGUUUGUCCUGCGUGGGCAUCCUGGUCACCCUCUGGGUAACAUUAAUCUUCAUGUUGUACCGCGACACGCCCGUAGUCAAGUCAUCCAGCCGCGAGCUGUGUUACAUCAUCCUGGUGGGCGUCUUACUGGGAUACAUCUGCCCCUUCACCUUGAUCGCCCAUCCCACCGUGACCUCCUGCUACCUGCAGCGCCUCCUAGUGGGCCUCUCGGCUGCCAUGUGCUACUCCGCUCUGGUCACCAAAACCAACCGCAUCGCGCGCAUCCUGGCCGGCAGCAAGAAGAAGAUUUGCACCAAGAAGCCCCGCUUCAUGUCAGCCUGGGCCCAAGUAGUCAUCUCCUUCUUCCUCAUCAGCCUGCAGCUCAUCUUGGAGAUAACCCUGAUCAUCCUGGAGCCGCCCAUGCCCAUCAAGUACUACCCCAGCAUCCGCGAGGUCUACCUCAUCUGCAACACCAGCACGGUGGGAAUGGUGGCGCCGCUGGGUUACAAUGGCCUGCUCAUCAUGAGCUGCACCUACUACGCCUUCAAGACGCGCAACGUCCCGGCCAACUUCAACGAGGCCAAGUACAUCGCCUUCACCAUGUACACCACCUGUAUCAUCUGGUUGGCCUUCGUGCCCAUCUACUUCGGCUCCAACUACAAGAUCAUCACCACAUCCUUCUCCGUGAGCCUGAGCGUCACCGUGGCGCUGGGGUGCAUGUUCUCGCCCAAGAUGUACAUCAUCAUCGCCAAGCCGGAGAGGAACGUGAGGAGUGCCUUCACCACGUCCGAUGUAGUCAGGAUGCACGUGGGAGACGGCAAGGCGGCUCAGCAGAGCAAGAGCAUUCUCAACAUGUUCCGUAGGAAGAAGAACGAAAACGGAAGCACCAAUUCUAAUGGCAAGUCUGUGUCAUGGUCUGAACCAGGUGCAAGACACCCUCAGAGGGGGGGGAAUGUGUGGCACAGACUGUCUGUGCAUGUGAGGAAACAGGAAGCCGGCUCGAAUCAGAUGGCGGUCAUCAGGCCCCUAACUAAUGCCCCCGUCGACCCCCACAGCUGCGACCCACACCACCAACAACACAGCCCUGGCACAGACCCCCACUUCCCCCACCCUGGCACCACGGCUCUGUACAACCUGGCGGAGGAGGAGGAUGAGGAAGCACGCCCUCUUUGGAUUGCCCCCCACUCCCACUCUGGAACACUCCACGGGAAGGAUUCGGAGGAGCCACCCUCUUAUUCUCACUUAACCACCAAGCCCUUGCAGGGGGUGAUGGUGGACACGCACAGCUCCAAUAUCCCUGGAUUUAACGACACAAUGGGUGCCUCCGGCACCCAGGCCAGCUCCACCAACCAACCCCUAGGCUUCACCUUCUCUCAGCUUUCCUGCCCCCUGCAAGUUGGGGCUUCUUUUGGAGGGGAAGACCUCAUCUCACCCCUGGAGGGGGCUGAGGGUGAGGCACUGGACCUCCUACACAGCUACACAGAGGAGGAUGACGAGGAGGAGGGAGAAGAGGAGCUGGCUCAGAGUAAGCUGACCCUGGAGGACUCCUUGGCUCUGUCUCCCCCCUCCCCCUUUCGGGACUCAGUGCAUUCUGCCGGGUCGGUUCCCGGCUCCCCCAUCUCUGAGUCGGCCCUCUGCAGCCCCCCGAGCUCUGCCUACUCCUCCAUCAUCCUCCAGGACUUCAGACGGAGCUCCUCCACACUGUGAGAGCCACCAGGCACUAGCACACACACACACACACAAACACACCAUGUUACUAAGAUGUAACAUCAACGAUUUGAUCAUUGGUUUGCUUAUUUAUUUAUACAUUGCUCCAUUUGCUCUGUCAUUUGCUUCUUGGAUUAUAUUACAAUACAUUUUAUGUCAUGGGGGAGUUGAAGUGAGAGAAAAUGAAAAUAAAUGGAAUAGUCCAGUAGCAAUCAUGUUUCUCAAGGGCUGUGAGUCCCCACCAACCUUUCUGCAAACUUUGAGACUCGGCUCUUGUGCCAAAUGGAUUACGCAAAGCUGGCAAUCACAAUGAAUUUUGUUU